GCUAUCUUCAUCCACCCACAUCCAACUCUCCUCCUCCAUCUUCCCCUCCUCUGUUUCAGUCAUGUACGGCCUCAAAAACAGAGCUCAAAUCCCUUCAAAUCCCACCUCCAUUUCCACCAUUUCCACCUUCUUCUUCAUCUUCUUCUUCUUCUCCUUCAAGCCUAUUUCUUCAAAUCCCCAAAUCCACCAAACCGCUCGAUCCCUUUGCAAUGGCACUCUGUUCCCACACCUCUGUUUCUCAAAACUCUCCUCUUUUCCCCAAUUAGCCUCCCUCUCGCCGGAAAAGCUCGCCGGCAGCGCCAUCAACUUUACUACCCGCGAGGUCCUCGGUGCCUACGCCAAUUGCACCAAGCUCAAGACUAUCCUUUACGGUGGCCUGAAUCCCACCGACCGCCGUGCCCUCGACGACUGUCUUGAGCUUCUCGACAGCAGCAUUGCCGAGCUCCAAGCUUCGAUUUGCGAUCUGGCGCCGCCGCAGUCCGCCGCCCGUCAUUCCCAUGAUCUGUUGACAUUGAUCAGCGCCGCCAUGACCAACCACCGGACUUGUGUCGAUGGGUUUUAUAAUAGUUCCGGGACUGUGAGGAGCAGGGUGGAGCUGUAUUUGGGGAAAAUUGGACAGCAUUUAAGUAUUGAUUUGGCGAUGUUGAAGAAAAUCCCUGGAGUUAAUAGGGCUCCGGCGGCGGGGGAGGUGUUGCCGGAGUAUGGGGCGGUGAAAGGUGGGUUUCCGAACUGGGUUUCGGUUAAGGAUAGGAGAUUGUUGCAGGCGGCGGUGAAUGAGACGAAGUUCAAUUUGGUGGUGGCGAAGGAUGGCUCCGGGAAUUUCACCACUGUCGGCGAGGCCGUCGCCGCCGCUCCGAAUUCCAGCACCACCAGGUUUGUAAUAUACAUAAAAGCAGGGGCGUAUUUUGAGAACGUGGAAAUAGAAAGGAGAAAGACAAACUUGAUGUUUGUCGGCGACGGGAUCGGAAAGACGCUGAUAAAGGCGGACCGGAACGUCGUCGACGGCUGGACUACUUUCCGAUCAGCCACCGUGGCGGUGGUUGGCAACGGGUUCAUAGCAAAAGGCAUAACAUUCGAAAACUACGCGGGUCCAAGCAAGCACCAAGCCGUAGCCUUACGAAGCAACUCUGAUUUCUCUGCAUUUUACCAGUGCAGCUUCGUCGGCUAUCAAGACACUCUCUACGUCCACUCCCUCCGUCAAUUCUACCGCGACUGCGAUAUCUACGGUACCAUCGACUUCAUUUUCGGCAACGCUGCUGUCGUCUUCCAAAAUUGCAACCUCUACGCUCGAAAACCCAACUCAAAUCAACGCAACAUAUUCACUGCCCAAGGUCGCGAGGACCCCAACCAAAACACCGGAAUCUCAAUCCUCAAUUGUAAGGUUGAAGCCGCCUCCGACCUAAUCCCGGUUCUUUCCUCGUUCAGAACUUACUUGGGCCGGCCUUGGAAGUUGUACUCGAGGACGGUUUUUCUUCGGUCGUUUAUCGGGCAGUUGGUCGACCCGGCUGGGUGGCUUGAGUGGAACGGGACGUUCGCAUUGGAUACUUUGUAUUAUGGGGAGUAUAUGAACCGAGGGCCCGGUUCGAAUACAACUGGACGAGUUACUUGGCCGGGGUAUCGGGUCAUUACUAAUGCGUCGGAAGCGAGUCAAUUUACGGUUGAGGGGUUUAUACAGGGCAGCUCAUGGCUGAACUCGACCGGGAUUCCCUUUUUCUCUGGUUUGGCUUGACCGACAAACCGGAGAGAAGGUUAUUCAAGAUUUGGGUUCUUUUUUGUUUUUGUAUUUUUUGUAAGGACUAAGAUGCUUUGAUAGUUUGAUGUGGAACUAGGGAGAGUACUGGCUAAUCCAUGGUCCACAAAUGGACUGUUAUGUGAUCAUAAUGCAAUCGCUAUUAUCCGUUGCCAUUUUAAUCGAAUAUUAUAUAUCU